CCAAUCACUCGAGUUCUGGUGGGGAGCCCCUAAGCCAAUGGAAAUGCUCGUUGCGGCAGCUGCCGGGUCCUGAGCGCUGGGAGGCGGUGCCGGGGGCGGGGUGCGGCUGGGGCGAAUUAGUUGCCAUUCGAGUGAGGAGUGGGUAGAAGCGGCGGCGGCGGCGGCGGCGCGGACUCCGAGGAGCGCCAGCACCUCGAGGCCCUUUCUCUCUACCCUGGUCCCCAGAAGCAGGGGUCCCGGCCCUCCCUGCAGCUGACGGGUUCUCCCGUGCGUACAGCCCCGCGAGGGCUGAGGAGAAGGCUGCGAGUGGCCCUCGGGGCUGCGUAAACCGGGCGGUUGCCCUGUCAGCGCGAUGCCUGGAGCAGUGGCUUCGGCGGCGGCUCCGGGCUCCUUGCGGCCCCGGCCGUGACCGCCACGCCGAGCCCAGCCGGGCGGUUGGGGCCGUUGGACGUUUGUUUUCGGAGCCUUCCCCUCCCCCCUCGCCGAGGCGGCGGGGGUGUGCGUUGGGGAGGGGGAGCCCCGAGACUCCUCCCCUACAGCGAUACCCCUGCCCCUCCCCCUUACACACUCGCACGCACUAUCGCGCCGGCUCCCACACGCUCGCGCGCCUCCCGCCCCGCGCCUCCGUGUCGGCCGGCGGCGUCCAGGGCCCGCAGAGCCACCAUGUCCACUGCCUCCUCAUCCUCCUCCAGUUCCUCUCAGACCCCUCAUCCCCCGCCGCAGAGGAUGAGGCGCAGCGCCGCGGGGUCCCCGCCCGCCGUCGCCGCAGCCGGGAGCGGGAACGGUGCGGGCGGCGGCGUGAGCUGCGCCCCGGCUGCGGGAGCCGGCCGGCUGCUGCAGCCCAUCCGCGCUACGGUGCCCUACCAGCUCCUGCGGGGCAGCCAGCACAGUCCCACGCGCCCGCCCGCCGCCGCUGCUGCCGCCUCGCUGGGCAGCCUUCCGGGGCCCGGCGCGGCCCGCGGCCCCAGCCCGUCCAGCCCGACGCCGCCGCCGGCCGCAGCCCCGGCCGAGCAGGCGCCGCGGGCCAAGGGCCGCCCGAGACGGUCCCCAGAGAGCCACCGGAGGAGCAGCUCACCUGAGAGACGGAGCCCCGGCUCGCCCGUGUGCAGAGCGGACAGGGCAAAAUCUCAGCAAGUUCGAACCUCUAGUACAAUAAGGCGAACCUCCUCUUUGGAUACAAUAACAGGACCUUACCUCACAGGACAGUGGCCACGGGAUCCUCAUGUUCACUACCCUUCAUGCAUGAAAGACAAAGCUACUCAGACAGAGUCUUGUUGGGCAGAAUUUUUUUCAGAAAAGAGGUCACAUCAGCUUUUUUUUUUUUUUUGGAGUGCUUUUUUUUUAAAAGAGCAGAUUGCCAAACUGAGACAGCAGCUACAACGCAGUAAACAGAGUAGUCGUCACAGUAAGGAGAAAGAUCGCCAGUCACCUCUUCAUGGCAACCAUAUAACAAUCAGUCAUACUCAGCCGUUGGACAUACCAGAUGGUCGAAGAGCUCCACUCCCUGCUCAUUACCGGAGCAGUAGUACUCGCAGCAUUGACACUCAGACUCCUUCUGUCCAGGAGCGCAGCAGUAGCUGCAGCAGUCAUUCACCCUGUGUCUCCCCUUUUUGUCCCCCGGAAUCCCAGGAUGGUAGCCCUUGCUCAACAGAAGAUUUGCUCUAUGAUCGUGAUAAAGACAGUGGGAGUAGCUCACCGUUACCCAAGUAUGCUUCAUCUCCCAAACCAAACAACAGCUACAUGUUCAAACGGGAGCCCCCAGAGGGAUGUGAGCGAGUGAAGGUCUUUGAGGAAAUGGCGUCUCGUCAGCCUAUCUCGGCCCCUCUCUUUUCAUGUCCUGACAAAAACAAGGUUAAUUUCAUCCCAACCGGAUCAGCUUUCUGUCCUGUAAAACUUCUAGGCCCCCUCUUACCUGCUUCUGACCUUAUGCUCAAGAACUCUCCUAACUCUGGCCAGAGCUCAGCUUUGGCAGCUCUGACCGUUGAGCAGCUCUCAUCCCGGGUUUCAUUUACGUCUCUUUCUGAUGACACCAGCACAGCGGGCUCCAUGGAGGCCUCUGCCCAGCAGCCAUCCCAGCAGCAGCAGCUUCUGCAGGAACUGCAGGGUGAGGACCACAUCUCUGCUCAGAACUAUGUGAUCAUCUAAAAAAGGGGGAGCUGGCCUCCACCCUAUGUUCCAUGGAUUAGGAACAAGAUUUCAGACAUCUAUCUGCAUGGAGUGACAAACUUUCUGAACACCACCACCACCACCACCACCACCGCCACCAAUACUUAUCAGCAUCAUAAAGUAUCUCUUAAACACUGAUCUUGGCAGGGACGGAACUCCUAUUCAGCAGUUUUUGUGGAAAGCAGUAAUGCUUGCAAAAUGUGUGUGUCAUUCAGCAUUUUAAGUGGAGACUAUGCAUUUCAUAGUAUGUUUGACAGAUUAGUACUGUGUCCUGUGUUUUGUUCCAGAUUCUUCAGUAUAAAUAAGCUCUAUAUCAAAAAGUUGCCUGUCUAAAUAGAAAAUGUCUUGCUGUGUUUUGUCCUAUGGAAAAUACUGUACUUCAGGAUUAUGUUUACAAUUGAUCCAGGUGUUUGUUUCUAACUUCUGUAAUACAUACAAUGCAAAAAAAAAAAAAAAAAAAUGGCCACAACAGUUGCACAGUGCCCACCCUAUGGCCUAGCUUCAGGUACUUCAGUUGAAGUCUAAACUCAGGUAACUUGGAAUGUAUAUCAUAUUGGGAUAUUAAAUAUUUCACAGCUAAAAAGCUAAAGAGGGAACAUCACUCUUUUGCCUUUCCUUAUUUUAUGCAUUUCCCUUUCCUCAUUACAUUCCACAUUCUUAGAAUAAGAAGUGCAUUCAAUCCUAGGAGAAUGAUAAUCCUGGACAUGGGUGAACAUGAGGAGAACCAGCAAAAUCUGUGGUGUUUGACAUCACUUAUGUCAUGUGGUUACAAGUAAAACAACUGUUGCAUUCACUGUUUCAACAUGUGUACAUGUGGCUUUUUUAAAAGUUCAGGUGUUGCUCAGUAAAGGACUGUUACAAUGUUGCAAAUAAAAUGUUCAGUACUAGACUGUACAUAAACAUUCCGCAUUGUGAUGAAAUUUAAAGACAGGAAUGUCUAGAGUUAAUUUCAAAAUAAGUGAAGUGUUUGACUGAAUGGUUGAGAUUUUUUUUUGUUUAUGUUAGCCAUCAGGGUCAUAACUGUUACCAUUUUAUCUAAAGACAUAUUUAUGUUUAGUUUCUCCCUUGGAAAUUAUUUUGCAGGUGAAAAAGUGACAUACUUUUGGUUAUUGUUUUCCUCAAGCAGUUUAGGUGCAUGAUCUUCCUUUACAUAGAAUACUUGGGUCUCAGAAUUGUUGCAACAUAAAUAAGCAGGUUUUUUGGUGACUUACAAGAGCAAUAGUUUGAAGCUAUCUCAUUUAGGCCUCUCAUAAUACAUAAUCAUGAAUAGUUUUGAAAUUUGCGACAUGUGAAGUAGAGCAGAAACUCAAGAAAAUAGCCUUUAACUUGCAAACUUUUGACGCAAGUUCUCCACAAAGUAUGAAGAGAGCCCUAGGCAUUCCUGAUUGGUCAGUGGGAAAGCCAAACUUUCAUUGUUUUCUUCAGUACAAAGAAUAUCCAAAAGUGAAGUUUUUGUAUUUGUAUUCCACUACUUUCAAUUCAAUAAAACCUAGAGUUGUUUCAUCUGCACCUAAAGUGUAUGGCACAAUUUUCUUAAGAAUUAGGGGAACAAUGUGCCUACAGUUAAAGGAACGUUUCAGUUCCCUUCAUUCAUUCCUGGGUUUUUCUUUGCUUAUUUUCUAAGACGGUUGAAGAAGGAUGAGUCUAUAGAAAGCAACACCAUUGAUUUUUUUUUUAAGAAAUGAUAUAUAUAUGUAUAUGUUUGUGUGUGUGCGUGUGUAUUCUGUGUAUUAUUUUGUCAUGAUCUCAAUUCUCUUCUUUCCACCAAAGUUUGCCGUAAUAUUUUCUCCUGAAGGUGCAUUCUGGCUCCUUUAAAUUAGUCAGUGUUAUAUUGUAGGAGACUGUCAUGGAAAAAAGGACUCAGUUUACUUUUGUCGUUUUCACAGGGGAACCUUUUAAAACAAUCUUUUCAGCAGCAGAUACCUUUAACCCUAAUAAUCUCAGGCCUUGAUGAAAAUACUCUAUUUUGUAGAUUAUGGUUAAAGGGAGAAAAUUACUAGUUCUGUAAGAUAAAUAUGAGCUCCAUUUAACUUCUGAUAUCUGGUUUAGCAUUACAUAAUAUGUUGAUCUUAUACUCUGCUUUUGUCCAAAUAAAAUGCAAUAGUAUCAAUAUCAAUUUCAGAAAAAUGGACUGAAUAUGCUUUCUUGGUGAUUAAAUCUGAUGUACGAUAUUUAUAGUGAUGUGCUUUUAUUUUCUCAUGAGAUACUAAAUAUUAAUUGUGUUGUACAUUUGUUCUUAGCAUAUAUUAAAGUUUUGAACCAAAUGUGUUAAAGCUUACGCUUUGCCAUGUAAAUUUCCCAGAAGUUGUUGAGCUCAAAUGUAUCCUACAUCCAGCUGUAGAAAUUUGUCAGGAAUUGUUUAAAUUUUGUAUAUAAUUGUACUGUUUAAUUCUAGCCAUUGCGCUGAACAGUAUUUGAGUUACCAUACAAUAUGGCUUUACACAAGGAAAUGUGUGGCUUUUGUUUUGUAUUUUUUCAGUAUAGAAGUUCUUGUGUCUUAUUUAAAUAAAGUUAUUAGUAAAACUG